GCCUCGCGGCUUUCAAGACGCAUCUUCUCAGGGCGCAGGAGAGAGGCGAGGAGGGCCAAGGGUUGAGAGCAGAAUGUUUCAGUCAUUUAAAGAAUGGUUCUGGUUGGAGAAAUUCUGGCUUCCUCCAACAAUAAAGUGGUCAGAUCUCGAAGAUCAUGAUGGCCUCGUCUUUGUUAAAGCUUCCCAUUUGUACAUGACAAUUCCAUAUGCCCUGCUUUUGGUGAUCGUCAGAUACUUCUUUGAAAAGUUUAUUGCCACACCUCUAGCAAAUGCAUUUGGCAUUCAAAAGACAGUGCACAAAAUUAAACCAAAUGCCAUCCUAGAGAAUUUUUUCAAGCAUUCCACAAGUCAACCAUCACAUACUGAUGUUUAUGGACUGGCAAAGAAGUGUAACUUGACAGAGCGCCAGGUUGAGAGAUGGUUCAGGAGUAGGCGGAAUCAAGACAGGCCCUGCAGGGUGAAGAAAUUCCGGGAGUCUUGCUGGCGAUUUACAUUUUACUUAAUGGUAACUGUGGCUGGAGUUGCAUUUCUUUAUGAUAAACCAUGGGCGUACGACCUCUGGGAGGUUUGGCGUGACUACCCCAAGCAGCCUUUGCUGCCAUCACAGUACUGGUACUACACCCUGGAGAUGAGCUUUUAUUGGUCACUGCUGUUUAGCCUGAGCUCUGAUAUCAAGAGGAAGGAUUUCCUCGCUAAUGUCAUCCACCACCUGGCUGCCAUUAGUCUGAUGAGCUUCUCCUGGUGUGCUAAUUAUAUCCGCAGUGGGACCCUCGUGAUGCUUGUGCACGACGUGUCAGACAUCUGGCUGGAGUCCGCUAAGAUGUUCUCCUACGCUGGAUGGAAGCAAACCUGCAACGUUCUGUUCUUGAUCUUCUCCGUUGUGUUCUUCAUCAGCCGAUUCAUCAUUUUCCCAUUCUGGAUUCUGUACUGCACCCUGAUCAUGCCUCUGCACUACCUCGAACCAUUCUUCUCGUACAUCUUCCUCAACCUCCAGCUCAUGGUCCUGCAGGGCCUUCACCUGUACUGGGGCUACUUUAUCAUGAAGAUGCUCAACAGAUGUAUAUUCACGAAGAGCGUUCAGGAUGUGAGAAGUGACAAUGAAGAUGAAGAGGAAGAAGAAGAAGAGGAAGAGGAAGAAGGCACCAAAGGCAAAGGGACAGAUUAUCUGAAGAAUGGCCUUGGGACCAACAGGCAUCUCAUUCCCAAUGGUCAGCAUGGCCGUUAGCUUGAAGCUCUGGAAUUUCCACGCCACAGUGUGCUGCCCGGACAUUGGGAAACCUGCUCCCCGAUCCACUGCUGUGGACACCCAGAGACCCCAGUUUGCCCUUCUUUAUUUUAUUGUAUUUUAUUUUAUUUUAUUUUAUUUUGAGAUGAAGUCUCCUAUGUUGGCCAAGCUGGCCUCCAUCUCAUUCAUCCUGCCUUGUGUUAAAAGGUUAGAAGUGGAACACCCAUGGGUUUCCAAGCAGUUAGACUCAGGCUGGCUGGGGAGCUCCGAGGUUUCUCCAGGCAGGUGUCAGUUCUUACGGUGUUUCCUCCUUACAGAAUUUGAAGCGGUUGACUUUCUCAUUUAGUCUGAGCUUUCUCACCUUCCCACCUUGCCCCUGUUCAGGGUGGUUUGACAAUUGCCCAGGAAACCCACUUUCUCCAGGUGUUGGGCCACUGUGGUACCCCGUCUUUCAGAAGUUUGUUGGGGUGACAAGAGGGUGGUUUCAGAACCACAGGGAGGACAGGUUCCAGGCUCACGGGCCACCUUGCAGCCUAGGCGCCCCUGUCCAGUGCAUCUGCUGGGCCUGCUCUACUACCUCACAGGGUUAGAGUAAGGAUCAAGGGAGACAGUAGAGGUGGGUGCCUGUGUCUCCUACAGGUGUCAGGGGUGCCUCAUGGCACCUUGAUCCCAGCUUUGAAGAAAGAGAAAACCCCAGCUGAAGUUGGUGUGAAGAGAACCCCAUCUUAAAAAUGGCUGUCAGUAUAUAAGAUAUUCAGAGAUGCAAAUACCCAGAAGUCAGUUUCCAUUUGGACUGUCACCUGCACCGCCCCCAGGGCCGUUCUGGGAUGACCCCAGAGCCCUCCUGGCAGGCUCCUGGGGCGGAGGGAAGGGAGCAUUGCUGGGAAGCUGCCCUGUGCUGUCGGCCCUGAGCCCUUCCUCGGCCUGAAGAGAUGCCAUGGGCUGUGAGGGUUGCUGGGGGCCUCUGGGAUCCAAGUGAGGCUGCUCACUGAGCCACACCACUCUGGAAGCUAGCCCCAGGGUGGCACGCACAGGAGCUUCGUACUCAGAAGGAAUUCCUGGAAGGAGAAAGAGGAAGCCACACUCUGGACUUGGUAUCCAACUCAUUCUGACUGCUGAAGAGUGAAGCAGCCCACAGGCUGCCGGGCGCCUUAAGUAGCAAGGGUCCUGUGCACAUGAAAUGGUCUGAGAGUUUCAGUUUUUCAUUUUAAAAUGGUGUGUUUUUAAAACCUUCAGGCUGAGCAAAAACAAGCAAACAAACAGAAACUCUUCAGAAUUCUGUUCCCAACGAAGUGUCUUGUUAAAGAAUUGUAGGAAAAACAGAAAAACAAGUCUCAAAUGAAUAUUUGUUUUUCUGAGCACACCAUGUGCAUUCUAUCUGCAAUGUGAUCUCGUAUCUAAAAUGUCUCUACUCACCUUAGGGCAUAGCUGUUGGUUUAUUGUUCUUUCUUUGGUGGAAGGUCACACUAAAAUUUUUUUUUUUAAUGUGUCCAGUUAACAAAGUAUUUUCCCUUGAUUUAUUUUGGUUUUCUUUCACUGCAGAACCUUUUCUUGCUUACAGUGAAACAUUGUUUAUUGAUGUCCCCUCAAACUUCUUUUUCUGCAUUUGACUGUGGAAGGAAAAACUGAUAUGCUAAUGUCAGCCCUCAAACAGCUUGGAGCACUGUACUUCAGAGGAGGUGGAGGUGUCCUCUAGAGCAGUACUGGGGCUCCUGUGGUGACCCCUCUCCUAUAGCAAACAAGGGUUCAGAACCGUUCAAGGUGACUUUGUAAACUUCUAAGCCACAGUGACUUACAAUAAAAUGAAAAA